ACACUCCAGUGUGGGUUGGUAAUACAUUAUAAUAUUGGGAUUAAAAAAUAAAAAAGAAAAAGAAAAAGAGAGGAAGAGAACCAACGGUGUUGAUAAACCUAACCCCAACCCCAAUCUCUCAUCUCAGUCGUCUCCUCUCUCCCCUCUUCUCCAGCGUCCGAUCUCCCCUCCCCUCUUCUCUCCUUCACCCCCGCCCAAAUACAAAUACUCUGUUUUCAGGGUUUUGCUGCUGCUGCUAUGUCGGACGGUCAGGCAUCGUCGCAGCAUCCGCACAGUCCCGGUGGCGGCAGUCACGAGAGCGGGGAGCAGAGCCCUAGGUCGAAUGUUAGGGAGCAGGAUAGGUUUCUCCCCAUCGCGAAUAUCAGUCGGAUCAUGAAGAAGGCUCUCCCGCCCAACGGUAAAAUUGCUAAGGAUGCUAAGGAGACUGUUCAGGAAUGCGUCUCCGAGUUCAUCAGCUUCAUCACCAGCGAGGCAAGUGACAAGUGCCAGAGAGAAAAAAGGAAGACAAUUAAUGGAGAUGAUCUGCUAUGGGCAAUGGCUACUUUAGGGUUUGAAGAUUAUCUUGACCCCCUGAAGGUGUACCUCACCCGUUACAGGGAGAUGGAGGGUGAUACAAAGGGGUCGGCAAAAGCCGCUGAUGGUCCUGGUAAAAGAGAUGGGAUGCAGCCUACUCCUAAUAUGCAGCUUGCACAUCAAGGCUCAUUCACUCAAGGAAUGAGUUAUGGAAACUCACAGGGUCAGCAUAUGAUGGUUCCAAUGCAAGGCAGAGAGUAGAAGUCGAUCUUCUUCAGGGGAUCAAUGGCGCACUGUUUGCCCGGAACAUGAUUGGACUCCGAACUGAGUCUAUAUAAAUAUAUAUAUAAGAAUCCUUGUGCUUUAAACUAUGUAACAUGAUUGAUUGAUUUUUGUUGUCUUUGGGUGUCACAGCCCCGUGAUAUUUUAAAUAUUUAUAAUUGGGUGUGAAGAACUGUUCUAUAGUAGUGAGAAUCUUAUUCAUUUAACUAGAACUUGUGGAUCUCAUUUCUUAGAAAUUGAGUUAUCUCUGUGAUAGGAUCAUAGGAAGCUGUCUGCAUGUAAGGUCGGGCUAUUUCCUUCAUUCAGGAAGAAAUUGAAUUAUUUCUGUGAUAAGAGUGCAUGUUA